AUGGUUUCUUCCAACGCAGAGCCUACCCCGGUUCCCGAUGCGAGCAUCACGCCGCCUCUCUCCCAAGCCGUCGGCUAUGUCGUGGUGGUGGUGAUUGGCUUCGUCAUUGCCAUCAUCAUGAUCCUGAUUACCCGACUCAUGAAGAAGACGGUUGGAGAGGACAACACCAAAACCGAAAUGUUCAUGACGGCCAACCGAAGUGUUCGCACGGGCUUGACGGCCAGUGCGGUCAUCUCGUCCUGGCUCUGGAGUACAGCCAUGUUGGGCAGUUCGCUGGUCGGAUACAAUUUCGGUGCGGCCGGUCCCUUGUGGUUUGCCGCCGGGUGUUCGCCCAUGAUCGUCUUCUUCUCCCUACUUGGGAUUGCGUGCAAGAUGCGCAUCCCCGAAGCCCACACUUUACUCGAGAUUGUGCGCAUCCGAUAUGGGCAGUCUGGCCACAUCGUUUGGAUCGUGCUCUGCCUGAUCAACAACAUCAUCGCCGUAGCCAACAUGUUGCUUGGGGCCAGUGCGGCAAUCACGGCACUGACCGGGAUGCACAUCAUCGCUGCCACGUUCCUGCUACCGGUGGGAGUGAUUCUGUACACCUCGGUGGGCGGGAUCAAAGCCACGUUUUUGACCGACUACUUCCAUACCUUUGUCAUCCUGAUCAUCGCAUGCUACUUCACCGUCAAGGCGUUCACGAUUCCGGAGAUCAGUUCGCCCGGCCAUCUUUAUGAUCUUGUCAUCCGAGCGGGCCACGAGCAUCCUGUCUCAGGAAACCACCAUGGGUCGUAUAUGACAAUGACGAGCAAGGGGGCAAUUCUGUUUGGAAUCAUCCAUAUCCUGGCCAACUUCGGCCUUGUCAUAAUGGACACGGGCUUUUUCGUCAAGGCCUUCAGCGCCGCUCCGCAGGCCGUUGUUCCAGGCUACAUCGUCGGCGGCAUCGCGUACUUUGCCAUUCCUUGGGCUCUGGGAACGUUGAUGAGUUUUGUCGCUCUCGGCCUGGAGAGCAACCCCCGAUUCCCGACGUACCCACGUCGCAUGAGCGCCACCGAGACAUCCAACGGUCUCGUUCUGCCGUACGCGGCGAUUGCCGUUGCCGGGAAAGGCGGCGCGGCGGGGAUUCUCUUGAUCACCUUCAUGGCCGUGACUUCGACGCUGUCGGCCCAGGUCAUUUCCGUGUCUUCCAUCAUCAGCUUCGACAUCUACCGCCGGUACUUCAACCGCCGUGCCAACGACCGCGAUGUCAUCCGGUGGAGCCACGUCGGGGUCGUCUUCUUUGGCCUCUUUUCGGCCUGCUUUUCGACCGCGCUUCACUACGGCAAGGUCGAUCUUGGCUGGACGCUGUACAUGCUCGGCGUGUUGACGUGCCCCGGCAUCUUCCCCACCGUCUUCACGAUUCUUUGGCGGAAACAAUCCAAGCUCGCGGCCAUCAUCUCGCCCUUACUGGGCAUGGCGACCGGGAUCGCCGUCUGGCUGGGCUCCGCCCACGCCUUUUACGGCACCGUCUCGGUCGCCUCGACCGGCCAGACGCUCCCGUGUGUCUACGGCACGGUUGCAUCUGCCCUGAGCCCGGCACUGUAUUCCAUCGUGCUCACGCUCCUGCGGCCGGACAACUUCCACUGGGCGGAUUUCCGCAAGGAGAAACUGGCCUUCGACAGCGCCGAGGACGUCCGAGCCACGCAUUCCCACAUCAUCGAGGAAGACGCCUCAAGCUAUGCGGCCAACAAGGCCAAGUUCCAGCACUGGGGCAAAAUCGCCGCAAUUUGGUCCGCUGCCACCUUUCUCGGCCACUGGGUGCUGUGGCCACUUCCGAUGUACGCGUCCCACUAUAUCUUCAGCAAGGGCUUCUUCAGUGCGUGGAUCAUCGUCGCCAUUAUCUGGCUUUGGAUCACCUUGUUCAUCGCGGGUUUCUUCCCCAUCAUUGACGGCCGAGCUCAACUGCUCCAGAUCUGGAACGCCCUUCGCAGUGGCCAGCCCGUCGCAGACCCCAAGCCUGAGCCUGAAGCUCAGGUUGACAGUGCUGGUGGCGCCGGGUCGGAGAUUGACCUGCGGUUUCAACAAAAGUCUUGA